CCCCCUACAAAAAAAAAAGGGUUUGGUCUUCUCUCAAAAACUGACGGGUUCCCUGCAUGUUGCCGAGAAGUUACACUUUGUGUUUUAGGGCGACUAAGCCUCCUAUAUUUGGAGUAUGGAACGUAGCGCCGAUUAUCAGACCGUCAAUAGUUCGACCUACUGUGCUACGCUCAUUUCACCAGUCUUCUGCACGUCCUCCUCGGCCUCAGCUUGCUUUUAAUAGCCCGUUUCUUCAGGCUCGGCGUGUCUUUGCACAUCAAGCAAAAUCAUCACCUGCCAAACCGAGUGCUUCGAAACCGCCGAAUAAAGACCUCUUACAACAUACUGCUACCGAAACUAACAAAGAACGUAAUGCGACUGAUUGGGCAAUCAUUCGACAGUUGAUGAAAUAUAUCUGGCCAAAGAAUGACGUCGGGGUGAAAUCUCGCGUCGUUAUCGCUUUGGGAUUAUUGAUCGGCGGAAAGGUUUGAAGAAGCUUGUAUUACUGUCUGGCAUGAUAUUGAUCUUUCUUUUAGCUACUCAACGUUCAAGUCCCGUUCUUUUUCAAGAAUGUCAUCGAUUCUCUCAAUGUUAGUCUACCUGAAGAUAUGACCAUGUGGACUGUAUGUGGUGCUGCCGUUAUUGGAUGUAAUACGCACUAGGAAAUUGAUGGGCGAAAACCAUGUUUCUA